AUCCAUUAGAUAACUGCUUGGUGCGUUCGGAUGGGGCGAAGGACGACAGCGGAUAUCGUUGGAUUCAGUUAAGAUACCAGGCCUUAGCAUAUAUCUAAAUCUAGUAAGCACAAGCCAGAACGUGUUUACAAAAUGGCCGACAUUAGUCAAAGUUUGAAGGAUUACAUGUCAAAAAGUCAGUCAAAAGAACCUUUACUGGGCGCUGAGAAUGGAUCGGGCAGUGCAUUUAGUUUCGGAAAAUUUAAUCCAUUUCGGAAAUCAGAGUCUAAAGUUUAUGAUGAUUCAAAUGAAGUGGCAAACACUUGGUUUUCACAGGCCCAGAAAGACCCUCUGUGCCCUGGCCUGACAAAGAAGCAAAGAAUUCUAGGGUUUGUGAUCUGUCUGCUGAUGGGGACUUUCUGUUUCUCUUUGGCUUGCUUGUAUAUACCAAUAUUGAUUCUGAAAGCUCGGAAGUUUGCCAUGCUGUACACAGUUGGGAGCUUAUUCAUCAUUUUUAGUUUUUCCAUGUUAUGGGGACCCAUGAAUCACAUAAAACAUUUACUAGCAGUAGAAAGAUUACCAUUCACAUCUGUGUAUUUUGGCACAAUGUUUGCAACAAUAUAUUUUUCAAUAUGGGUAAAAAGUACAAUAUUUACAGUAAUAUUUGCAGUGAUACAGAUUCUUGCAUUAGUUUGGUAUAUCAUGAGUUAUAUCCCUGGGGGACAGACUGGAAUGAAAUUUUUCUCAAAAAUAUUUUAUGCAGCUGCAUCAAAAACCACACAAAACAUUCUGCCAGUAUAGCACAAUCUGAUAGUCAUGUGACUUUUUUCAUCCAAGGGCAACUACUGUGAUUGUGCAUUGACAAGUUUGGUAACUCUGAAAAGAAAACAAUGAUAAGGCAAUGAUGUGACAGGAACAAAUGGGAGGAAAUGGAUAUACUUCCAAGGAUGGCACUUGGCAGUUUUGAAUAUAGAUGUAGAGUAACAGGGUUUGAAAAAGUGUUGGCAAUAACUGCCAUUAACCUUGAAAUGAGAGCAAACACACUUUUAGCUCAUCUGACUUUGUAAAAAAAUCAAGUAAUUAAUUUUGUCAAUUUUGAUAAAAGUUUUGUAUAAGUCUACUUUUCUUUAAAUGUAUAUGAGCUAUAGCUUACUUGAAUAUAAUCAGAAAAAACUCAUCUUGAAUUUUACCCUAUGUCAAGCACUUCCAAACAAGUGUUGGCGCCAAUGAUUGUGCUCUUGAUUUUUAAUUGUAACUUGUUUAAAGGUGUAUGUCUCUGGAUUUAUUUGAUAUUCUUUAAAAAUUUAAGAAGAUUUUUGGUUUGUUGUAAUUGUGAACAAAUUAUAAGAACAAGAAUAAUACAAAAUGUUCUCCAGUAAGUCCAUGUCAAUAUUUAUUUAUAAUGAUACACAUGUAAUCUGAAAAUUAUGUAAAAAAUGCUUUCUGCUGUGUUAGUCAUACAGUAAGAGAGUUAUUGUCCACAUUGGUUAAACUGAAAAAGUCCAAUUGAGCCAUGCCAUGAGAAAACCAACAUAGUGGGUUUGCGACUAGCAUAGAUCCAGACCAGCCUGCGCAUCCUCGCAGUCUGGUCAGGAUCCAUGCUGUUCGCUGUUAGCUUCUCUAAUUCCAUUAGGCUUUGAAAGCGAACAGUAUGGAUCCUGACCAGACUGCGCAGAUGCGCAGGCUGGUCUGGAUCCAUGCUUGUCGCAAAGCCACUAUGUUGGUUUUCUCAUGGCACGGCUCAAUUUAUAUCUCGUUACUAAUCUUAAGAUGUUCAAUGCUCAUAGUGACAGUUUUCAUUAAUGUGACAAAUUAUGAAAUUAUCUGCAAUAUUCCCAGAGUUAUGCCCUUUUUAUUAUUAAGUUUUUAAUUUUAAUAGAAAUUUUGGUUAAAGUUUUUAUGAAGUCCAAUAUCAUCUUCUUUACUUAACAUAUUCACUUCAGACUUUCUGUUCUUGCACUUAGUGACAAUUUACAUUAAUGUGACAAGAUUUGUAUCUCUACCUGCAGUUUUUAUGCCUCUUUUUACCUCACGUGAGCUAGAGGCUCAAGGUGAGCUUUUGUGACUGCUUGAUGACCGUCGUGCGUAGUGCAUCAAGUGCCAACAAUUUCUAUAAAAAUCUUCUUGAAAACCACUGGACAGAUUUACACCAAACUUCACAGGAAUGAUUCUUGGGUGGCCCCCUUUCAAAAUUGCCCAAAGAAUUGAAAUCCAUGCAGAACACUUUAAAUAUCUUCUUGUCCAAAACCUCAAGGCAUAGAGCCUUGCUAUUUGGCUUGUGACAUCAUCUAAUGGUCCUCUAUGAAUAUUGCUUAAAUUAUGCCCCUGGGGUGAAAAGAGGCCUCACUCUGGGGUCCCAAGUUUUAUAUAAACUUAUAUAGGAAAAAACUUUAAAGAUCUUCUUGUCUGAAACCACAACACCUAGACCUUUGAUAUUUGGUAUGUGGCAUUGCCUUGUGGUCCUCUACCAAGAUUGUUCAAAUUGUUACCCUUUGGUGAAAAGAGGCCACGCCCUGGGGAUCCCAAGUUUUACAUAGGCUUAUAAUGGAAAUAACUUUAAAAAUCUUCCUAUCUGAAAUCACAACACCUAGUCCUUUGAUACUUGGUAUGUAGCAUUGCCUUGUGGUACUCUGCCAUGAUUGUUCAAAUUGUUACCCUUGGAUGAAAAGAGGCCAUGCCCAGGAGGUCCCAAGUUUUACAUACGCUUAUAAUGGAAAAAAAAACUUUAAAAAUCUUCUUGUAUGAAACUGCAAGGCCUAGGCUUUUGAUAUUUGGUAUGUUGCAUUGCCUAGUUGUCCUCUACCAAGAUUAUUCAAAUUAUGCCGCUGAGUUGAAAAGAGGCCCCACCCAGGGGUCAUAAGUUUACAUGGACUUAUAUAGCAAAAUUCUUUUAAAAAUCUUCUUGCCUGAAACUGCAAGGCUUAGGCUUUUGAUAUUUGGUACGUAGCAUUGCCUAGUGGUCCUCUUCAGAAAGUGUUCAAAUUAUGCCUCUAGGGUGUAAAGAAGCCCUGCCUUGUGGGUCCCAAGUUUUACAUAGACUUUUAUAGGAAAAAUCUUUAAAAAUCUUCUUGACUGAAAGUUCAAGGCCUAGGCCUUUGAUAUUUGGUAUGAAGCGUUGUGUAGUGGACCUCUAACAAGAUUGUUCAAAUUAUGCCCCCGGGAUGAAAAGGGGCGCAGCCCCGGGGGUCACUUUUUAUAUGACUUAUAUAGGAAAAAAUACUUCAAAAAUUAUCAGAUCAUAUUUCCUAGACUGUUUAAUUAUAAUUACCUGGCGACCACAAGCGAUUAGGUGUCACUUGACUGUGACCUUGAUCUACUGACCUACUUCCUUGUUUUUUAAGAUACAGCCUUGAAAUUUGGAUGACAUGUACAGUUUUGCACACCAAUCUUAAAACUGACUGACCUACUUUCUAAUAUUUUAGCAUCAGUGUACCAUUUUAAAAAUGUGGCUCAUAUUACUCAGGUGAGCGAUUCAGGGUCAUCAUGACCCUCUUGUUUAUUAUUCAGGAAUUUUAUAGUAACACUGGUUUUUGAUUUUGGUUGAAUAGGGAAGUUACUGUGUUAUAUAUAGUAACACUGGUUUGAUUGGUUGAAUAGGGAAGUUACUGUGGUAUAUAUAGUAACACAGGUUUGAUUGGUUGAAUUGGGAAGUUACUGCGGUAUGUUCCCUUGGGUUGUAUAUUGAAAUUGAUCAGUAAUGAAAAUGAACUUGGAAUGUUCUGGAUAAAUAUGGAAAUCAUAAACAGGACAUAUUUAACUUUAGCUCAGUAAAUUUUAUUGUGAAACUAUAGACCAGUCAGUAGCACAAACUGUUGACUGGGGAUUUAUAUUUGGGAUCAUUUAGAAGUGAACAAAAUUGCGACUCUUUAUAUAAAUGGACAGUUCAUAGUAAGUGCUAUUGGCUGGUCUAUAAUUCUACUCUGAAUUUUGCAGUGAUAAAGUUUAAAGUUGAAGGAAGAAAUUAUGAAAAUUUAUUUCUGAUGCCAGUAGUGUAAAUUUGACUAUUGACCAUCAAGCCAUUCAAUUUGUUAAUACUAAUGUAUGUAUUUAGAAAAUGAUGUUUUGAAAUAAACUAUUUUAAAAAAUUA